GCCGCAGGAGCACUGAGAGCGCCGCAAAAGGAGCUGGCACCGCCUCGCUAAAUCCCUAUCGGUCCUCGCUCCCGCGCGGCCAUGGACUGAGCGCCAACCGGCUGCGGGGAUGGGGCCACCGCUCCCGCUUUUGCUGCUGCUGCUGCUGCCGCCGCCACUGCCUCGCGCUCUGCCGGCCCCCGCGUCUGCCCGCGGCCGGCAGCUCCCAGGGCGCCUGGGCUGCUUGUUUGAGGAUGGCUUGUGUGGAUCAUUGGAGACCUGCGUGAACGAUGGUGUGUUUGGAAGAUGUCAAAAGGUUCCGGCCUUGGACACUUACCGAUAUGAGGUGUCACCAGGAGCCCUGCUGCACCUGAGGAUCAUCUUACAGAAGCUCUCCCGUACAGGUUUCACGUGGCAAGAUGACUAUACCCAGCGUGUGAUCGCCCAGGAGCUUUCAAACCUCCCCAAAGCCUACCCAUGGCAUGAGGAGGCUUCCAGCCCGGCCAGGUCCUUACAACAGAAUGCGGAUAAUGAAAAAUGGUUCAGUCUGGAGAGUGAGGUGGCCCUGGCCAAGACCCUUCGGCGCUAUCUGCCCUACCUGGAGCUUCUGUCCCAGGCCCCGACGGCAAAUGCACACCCCAGGGUAGACCACGAGACGCGUCCAGUUAAGGGUGAGGACUCUUCCCCUGAGAACAUCCUGACCUAUGUGGCCCACACAUCUGCACUGACCUAUCCUCCUGCAACCCGGGUCAAGUAUCCCGAUAACCUUCUGCGACCUCUUAGCCGGCUCCAGCCAGAUGAGCUCAGCCCCAAGGUAGACAGCGACAUAGACAAACAGAAGCUGAUUGCAGCACUGGGUGCCUACACUGCUCAGAGACCUCCUGGAGAAAAUGACCCAGAGCCACGGUAUCUUGUACAUAGUCCCAUGCGAGCACCAAGGCCCUUCGCAGCACCUGCUUUGUCUCAGAGAUGGCCUCUACCUCCUGGAGACUCCAAAGACUCCCUGAGUAUGGGUGAUGACACACUCCUGCGGAGUCUCCUGAAGGAUCUGCAGCAGCAGGCUGAAGUGGACCGCCUGGGCUCCCUGAAGCUGGAGGAGCAGGCAGAUUCAAUUGCUGAAGCCAUACAAAGUGAUCCUGCAGAGGGAAGCCAAGAAAGCCAUGGGAGAGGGGCCGAGGGACAGCCGAGAGAGCAGGCGGAUGCCCCAGAGGAAAUGCUUCAAGAUCACAGACUACCAGAAGUGGAUGACCCAGCAGCGUACAAGGAGGUCAGCCGUUUGAGUUUCAAGCUUGGGGACCUCUUGAAGGACCAUGAGUCUCCUCUAUUACCUGAAGCUCCCCUUCUGGAAAAGUCCUCCAGAGCAGAGAUGAAGAAGUCAGAGCAGCCUGAGGAGGUCUUGUCUUCGGAAGAGGAGACCGCCGGGGUGGAGCACGUGAAGAGCCGGACUUACUCCAAAGACCUAUUGGAAAGGAAGCCGAACUCAGAGCCCCAACCCCGGAGGCUUGAGGACCAAUUCCAAAAUCGAGCUCCAGAGGUGUGGGAGGAUGAACAAAGCCUCAAGUUGGCAGCACAGGGACCCCCUAGUGGAGGCCUUCAGCUGGAAGUGCAGCCUUCAGAGGAGGAACAACAGGGAUACAUCCUCACAGGAAACAACCCUCUAAGUCCAGAGAAGGGGAAGCAGCUGAUGGAUGAAGUUGCCCAUAUCCUCCGGGUACCUUCCAGCUUCUUUGCAGAUGUCAAAGUUUUGGGACCAGCAGUGAUCUUCAAAGUGAGUGCCAACAUCCAAAACAUGACAACGGCAGAUGUCACGAAAGCUGCAGUUGACAACAAAGAUGAACUGGAGAAGGCAACUGGACUGACCAUCCUGCAGAGUGGAAUCAGGCCGAAAGGAAAACUCAAGCUCCUACCCCAUCGAGAAGAGCAAGAGGACUCAACCAAGUUCAUUGUGCUCACCUUCCUCUCCAUCGCCUGCAUCCUGGCCGUUCUCCUGGCUUCCAGCCUAGCCUACUGCCUCCGCCACAACUCACACUACAAGCUGAAGGAGAAAUUGUCUGGACUAGGAGCUGACCCCAGCGCAGAUGCCACCGAAGCCUACCAGGAGCUAUGCCGCCAACGUAUGGCUGUUCGGCCACAGGAUCACUCUGAGGGACCACAUACAUCCCGCAUCAACAGUGUCUCAUCCCAGCUCAGCGAUGGGCCCAUGCCUAGUCCUUCAGCCCGGAGCAGCACUUCAUCCUGGUCGGAGGAGCCUGCCCAGUCUAACAUGGACAUCUCUACUGGCCACAUGAUCCUGGCCUACAUGGAAGACCACCUGAAGAACAAGAACCGGCUGGAGAAGGAGUGGGAGGCACUGUGCGCCUAUCAAGCAGAGCCCAACAGCUCACUUGUGGCCCAGAGAGAGGAGAAUGCACCCAAGAACCGUUCCCUGGCUGUACUGACCUAUGACCAUUCCAGGAUCCUGUUGAAGUCUGAGAACAGCCACAGCAAUUCUGACUACAUCAAUGCCAGCCCCAUUAUGGACCAUGACCCACGAAACCCCGCAUACAUUGCCACCCAGGGCCCACUUCCCGCCACCGUGGCCGACUUCUGGCAGAUGGUGUGGGAAAGCGGCUGUGCAGUCAUUGUCAUGCUGACACCCCUCUCUGAGAACGGCGUCCGGCAGUGCCAUCACUACUGGCCUGAUGAAGGUUCCAACGUCUACCAUGUCUAUGAGGUCAAUCUAGUCUCUGAACACAUAUGGUGCCAGGAUUUCCUGGUGAGAAGCUUUUACCUGAAGAACCUGCAGACCAAUGAGACUCGCACGGUGACCCAGUUCCACUUCCUGAGUUGGUAUGACCAGGGAGUCCCUUCCUCCACGAGGUCACUCCUGGAUUUCCGCAGAAAAGUGAACAAAUGCUACCGAGGCCGCUCUUGUCCGAUAAUUGUCCAUUGCAGUGACGGCGCGGGCAGGAGUGGAACCUACGUCCUGAUUGACAUGGUUCUCAAUAAGAUGGCCAAAGGUGCUAAAGAGAUUGAUAUCGCAGCGACCCUGGAGCACUUGAGGGACCAGAGACCAGGCAUGGUCCAGACAAAGGAGCAGUUUGAGUUUGCGCUGACAGCUGUGGCCGAGGAGGUGAAUGCCAUCCUGAAGGCCCUUCCCCAGUAGGCACCGAAGCUGGAGUUGGCGGGACCCCCACCACGAGUACUUCCAGGACCACAACAGGAUAUCAUUUCUGCAUCUUCUGUGUAGUAAGGGGGUCCUUCAGACUCCAUAGUCAACACAGGUGGCUAGUUAUGUGUACUUCUGCUUAACCAAAUAGCACAUGUGUGGAAACACCCAGUUAGGAGGAAGGAAAGAUUCAGCUUAUUUGUAUCACAGUCUUGGCAAAAUUUCUUUUCCCUAAAGCACACUUUGACAUGGUCGCAUCAAUGACUCAGUAAUUAGAAACCCACUGUGGCCUCCUCGGGAGGGUGGUUAUGUCUGUAAGGUGCUGGGGGGGCCAGGGAGAAUGCAAAUGGACCAGAACAGACAGAGGGACUCCUGUUGGGAAGCACCACUAUAGAAUCACAUUUGGUGUUUGCCAGUAAGACAAUCUCAUCAUCAGGGGAAACCUUCAGGGAGAAGAUCAGUGUCCUGCAUCCCUGGGGCAAAUGACAGGCUCUCAUGGGGCUCUGCCCGUCCCUGCUGAUGUGCUUCCAGCACACCGGCUGGCUGUGUCCACCACACAUGGAUUCCAAGGACAGAAAAAAAAAAAGGAUUUCCCCAAGGGUAGACACCUUAACCCUCCUGAAGUAUGGGUGCUGUAUCUGUUACAGAAGUGAGGACCCAAGUAAUAGCUUCGCCUUUGCAAAGGUACAGAGGAAUGGCCCUUUGGAACAUUUUUAGUAUCAGGAUCCUGUUUUCCGCAUUACAAGAAUGCUGAAGUAUACAAUUCCAGAACCCCGUAGUAUGCUGAAGUUACAAUUCCAGAACGAGUACGGUUAUUUAGCAAGUUCCAAGGGUUGCCAAUGUGUUUCCCACCCAGCAUCCCCAGGAAGCACCCCAAUGGUACUGAAAAGUCUCUGAUGCUCCUACUCCUGGAAAGAAGUCUGGCCCUUUGCCUCUUCCUCCUGCUUCCUCCCAGAUAACUUUAGUGAAACACAUUCUCACUGGAUGCUCCAGUUUGCCAAAACAUUUGGGCAUUGGGCUUACCACCUGCCCACACAUAGGAAACCCACUCCAGUAUCCACAAGGAACUGGUGCCCAGAGAGGUAGAAGGCAUGGCUGUAAGCCCCAGUUUGAUUGUGGGGUUGAGUAUGAAAAAGCCCAUCUCCCGUGUCCCCUUUGUUUCUUCCCUUUAGCCUCAACAUUUCAAGUUGCGGUGCGUAAAGGAGGUGGCUGCCGUGCGGGAAGCGAUGCCGCAGUGUGUCAUGUCUCUAAUUGUGUUGUGUACCUGCUUAACAUCUGCGACGUUCCUCUUCCAUUUCCCCCUUCCCGGAAUCUAAAUGAUAAUUAAUAGAAAUGAAUUUAUCUGAAUAUAGGAAGCAUAUACUUAAUUGUAACUUCUUAUGUUUAAAGGAAAAAUCCUCGGUGUGAUAUACAGAUAUAUUUAAUUGUGUCCUAUUAAACCUUCUGAUUUCAUA